AGAAGAACUCCAACUCCAGUUCUUGUAAAUCUCCCACUCCUCCUCUCUCUCUUUCACUUUCUCUGUCUUCCUCCUCCUCAGAAUGCCGAGCACGCUAGGAAGGAACUUAAAUCUCUGCUUCACAAAGAUCAAACGGCCACUGUUGACUCUCCAAUCCCCUCCCGUCGACGAUCACCGUUCUUUACCAACAACUACCUCCACCGCCACCGCCACCGCAACCGCCUCCGCCUCCACCGCCACGUCAUCCUCGACUCUGAUAAAAAACUUCAACUCCCUCUACGACGGAGACCACGCCUUCUUCGACUCCGCCACCACCUCGUGCUCCAUUAAGUCCUCCGAUCUUUCCACCUCCGAAACCGAAAACGACACCGACACCGCCGCCGCCGACUUCGCCACCGUCUUCGCCUCCCAGCGGUUCUUCUUUUCCUCCCCCGGCCGCUCUAACUCCAUUGUCGACCAGUCCUCCUCCUCCGCCACGUCGUCUUCCUCGGACCUCCACUCGCCCUUCAAGCACAACAGCGUGGCGGUGCCCACGUACUCGCCUGAUCCCUACCUCGACUUCCGGCGCUCCAUGCAGGAGAUGGUGGAGGCGCGAGAGCACCAGACCGAGGACGAGAGCGUGAAGGUCAAAUCUAACUGGGAGUUCCUGCAUGAGCUGCUCUUGUGUUAUCUCGCGCUCAACCCUAAGAGCACUCACAAGUUCAUCAUCGGCGCAUUUUCCGAUCUCCUCGUCAGCCUCCUCCCCUCCCCCAAAGAUCCCGACUUCACCGCCGGCGUCUGCGAGAUUUCCCGGUGCAGUUAAAUCAUGUGUGUUAUUAUGGAGCAGUAAAAUGUAAUAUAUUAUGAGAUCAACUUUAUUCUUGUUAUGAAUCACAUCAAGCUUGUGACCUUGCAUGUCCUUCAUCUUCA